UCCAACACUGGCCGGGCUGUCACAUUUUGUUUGAAACGAGAUUUUUUUGCCAGAAUUUAUUUCGAAAAUGGCGAAAAUGCCCGGGGCACCAGUAGCGAGCGAUAGCGACAUAGAAACCGUGCUGGAAGAGUUCAAGCAGCGCCAGGAGCGCCGCAACAGCAUAGGAACGGCCAAGUACACCUGCAGCGUCCCGAAAUGCGAGGCAACCUUCAAGCGUCUGGACCAAUUGGACCGCCAUGAAUAUCACCACACGGGAAUCAAAAAGCACGCCUGUUCGUACGAGGGCUGCGACAAGACGUACUCGAUUGUGACCCAUCUGAAGAGACAUCUAAGGAGCACCCACGAAAGACCCGAGGCGGCGGCCAAGAAAACGGUUAAAUGUUCGAUAGAGGAGUGCAGCAAGAUGUUCGUCUCGGUCAGCAACAUGACGCGCCACAUGCGCGAAGCACACGAAAGCCCCCGCGUUUAUCCGUGCAGCCACUGCACCGCCAAAUUCUCGCAGAAACUCAAGUUGAAGCGCCACGAAAUCAGAGAGCACACGAAGGCGUAUCCGUUCACCUGCGGAAAAUGCUCGCGCGGAUUCUACCAGGAGUGGCAGUGCCAGAGUCACGAAGCCAGCUGCAAACAGUAUGAGUGCCCGGGAUGCCCGUUGAAGUUCGCCAAGUGGACGCUGUACACAAAUCAUUGCCGCGAGACACUGCACGGCAGAAAUCGCCACAAGUGCUACCACUGCGGGUGCGCCUACGACAAGCCCAGUGAUCUCAAGCAGCACAUCGAGGCCAAGCACAAAGACAAGGACGCAGAGAUCUCGUCCGCGUUAGUUUGCCAAGUGGAGGGCUGCGGCAAAAGCUAUUCGUACAUGCGGAAUCUCCGCCAGCACAUGACUACCGCUCAUUCGGGUCGGCGUUUUGAGUGCGUGGCGGUAGACUGCGGUCGCUGCUUCAGUAGUGCCCAGAAUUUGUCCAGACACCUCAUUAAAGCUCAUAGGGAUGGCAAUAAGGAGAAGGAAGAGAAGAAGAAAACUGUAGAAAAGAAUCAGAAAGAGGACUCAAAAGAGCCAAAACGUAAUCCUCGCAAGCGACGUCGUGAUGCCGGACGCAGCAAGCACUCGCAGCUGUCCAAGCUGGCCUGUUUGCAACUGGACAAGGAGGAUGAGGAAGCGGUGCGCGAACGACAGCCGUUGGCCCUGGAGAAGGUCGCACUAAUAUUAACCAAAGAAGAUCCAAUUGAGGAACUGCUGGCUCAGACCCUGCAGGAUGAAGAGGAAGCAACGCACUAGUAAGGUACAAGCUUCUGAGAAAUCUAAAGAAAGGAAGGAAGGUCAGAAUCCAAUCCCAAUAAAGAGGCUCAAGCUUGUGUGUCAAAAGAAAACAAGGAAGGUUCGGCUUUAAGCUACUUUAACUUGAAUGAAAAGCUUCUUAAAGCCAAAAGACAUUAAAAAAAACUCUUAGUAAUGUUCAUUUAUAAAAACACAAAUCAAAUUGAUCGAAACCCUUACACACUUUUGCCAUCGCAAGCAUAAACCACAAACACACUUUGGAAAAUGUACAAAAAAAAAUAAAUUACGGACCUUCCUUCCCUAUUAAUUGUUGAGUUAAUUAGUUAAAUCAAAAAUCUCCUGCCGCCUUGAUAGGUUUAUAUUAUUAAACUGUAAGUUAAGUAUAAAUCCCAUUCCCUGACAAAUAUUUUAAUUUGUCAAGCUAGGAAAAAUUUUGCAUUGCCCUUCUACAAAUAUUUUUUGUAAAUAUAAAGCGUAAAAGUCACGAUCUUUUAAUUAAGGUAGCUUAUGUAGCUAAAUGUAAAUAACAAUGGACACAUUUUUCCACA